CUCUCUCUCAGCGCGCGACUGAAAACAAUACCAAAGGAAUUCGACAACUGCUUUUGACAUUUUGUUAUUUUCCGCACUCGACUUUUAAGUUGAUCGAGUGCAGUGUUGCCAUUCAUAUCUAAACAAAUUUCUUAGUUUAUUUUCUGCAGGAAUAACAGUGAAAUUGUCGGACAUUUAUGAUCUGAGGGGAUCUGCCGGUCCUGACGCACAAACGGACCCACGCGGGUUUAUGAGGACGUGUGAAGUCUGAGCGUCGUUUAUUCUGAGUUGGAUUUCACACUUGCUCGUGCAGUUCUGCGAUAAUAUUAUGGUGGCCAAUGGAAGCAUGUGAAACGAUCAUAUUCCAGGAAUGGAUUUCCAAAGAUGUUCCAGGCAACUGAUUAAUGUGGUUACACAUAUUAAACUGUGGACUCGAUCUUCGUAAGCCCUGUGAAUAAACACAACCAAAAUGGGGACAUGGACGUUUAUGCCCUUUUCCAAUCUGUCCCUCCCUGAGUCCCUUUUCAAUGAUAGUUUCUUCCCAGGGAACGAGUCUGACUUUGGUCUGGAGAUUUACCCCCACAAUGGAACUCACCCUGGCUUUGACCAAACCAGUUCUGUAGUCAUCACAUUCGUGUACUUUGUAGUAUGUGCGGUGGGGCUCUGUGGUAAUGCCCUGGUCAUCUAUGUUAUCCUGCGCUAUGCCAAGAUGAAGACUGUCACCAACAUCUAUAUUUUGAACCUGGCUGUAGCAGAUGUACUGUGCAUGCUGAGCCUACCAUUCAUUUCCAUUCAGCUAGCACUGCUUCACUGGCCCUUUGGAGCGGCUAUUUGUCGUGUUGUCCUAACUGUGGACUCAAUGAACCAGUUUACCAGCAUCUUCUUUCUAACAGUCAUGAGCAUUGAUCGCUACCUGGCUGUGGUGCAUCCAAUAAAAUCCACCAAAUGGCGAAAGCCACGUGUGGCCAAGAUGAUUAGUUUGGCAAUGUGGGGUGUGGCUCUGCUGGUCAACUUACCAAUUAUGAUCUACAGUGGCGUGAACACCAAAAGGAAUGAGGCACGGACAUGUACGAUGUUGUGGCCAGAGCCCCAGAACGCCUACAACACUGCUUUCAUCUUCUACACCUUUUUCUUGGGCUUUUUUCUGCCGCUGACAGUUAUCUCCUUGUGCUACCUGCUCAUCGUCAUUAAGGUGAAGUCCUCAGGCAUGCGAGUGGGUUCAACAAAAAGAAAGCGCUCAGAGCGCAGAGUCACACGCAUGGUGUCUAUUGUGGUGGUGGUUUUUGUGCUCUGCUGGUUACCUUUCUAUGUAUUCAACGUGACCUCUGUGACUGGAACCGUGCCGUCCACAUCUGUGCUGAAGAGCACUUUUGACUUUGUGGUGGUGCUGGGUUACGCAAACAGCUGUGCCAACCCCAUCCUCUAUGCCUUCCUGUCAGACAACUUUAAGAAGAGUUUCCAAAAUGUCCUGUGUCUAAAAAGAGUCGGAGGCUUGGAUGAGAUUGAGCGCAGUGACAGUCGUCAGGACAGGACUCGAAUGGUCAAUGACGUCAUGACGGAAACACAUAACGCCGCACUGCUCAAUGGAGACCUGCAGACCAGUAUCUGAGGAUGGUUUGUUACCUCGAAAGAUCUUGGCCUGAAAGUCACUUUUGUCACUGCUGAAAUGACAUAUCCUACAGUAAGGCUAAAAGUGAAAUUUGGCCUUUGACCCAUGACAUUUUCAGACUCCCUGCUGUGAGAAGCUCUCAAACUCUAAAUUGUAAAUUGUACCUAAGUGAGAAGUGAUUUCGUUUUUAAGAUCAAUGAUGAAACUUUACAUAUCUAAUUUAUUAACAUAUACCAUUAAUUUGGACAGCAGUUUAUUUUCAAAGCAGUUUUAGGACAUCAUGCGUGUCCUAAAGUGGUCUGUUGGUAUUGUUUACCAGGUAACACAACAAGAUCAUUUUGGACAGCUCAGACUGACUGAUCUCGUGUAUUGAAGCGAUGAGGAUAUGCUAAGAAUGUGAUUUACUGUAAAUAUCUGUCAUUAUUUUACUUGGUGUCACUGUCUGAAAAAAAUGCUUAAGCUGUUGUGUUGUUUUGUGUUUUGUUCACUUCAGUGCCAAAAUUGUCUUUAAAGUUAUGAGCUAAGUCCAUUGAUAAUUCAAGAUCAUUGCCCUCAUUAGAUAAACACCAAAAGGCCAAUAAGCAAAGGCGUAUUAUUAUUGAAGGAUUUUCAAUGACGAUGCAUGCAGAAUGGUGAUGCGUGAAGAGAUGUUGUUAUACAAACCACAUCACUGAAUUUAAAAAAGUUCCCAACAUGUAGAGAGAGGGAGAGAGAGAAAAAAAACAGAUCUAAAGUUGUAUGGCCUAGUUAUUUGUUGUAAUUUUGUGAAUUAUGCUUAUGCUUAUAAUAUCUUACUAAACCUGAUGGUUGCCGUCUGUUAUUUUUAUUUACAUGUCAACAUUUUUGCCUCUGGUUCCCAAUGGAGUUUUAUUUUUGGAGAG